AUGCCUUUUCCAGUUACAACACAGGGAUCACAGCAAACACGGCCGCCACAGAAGCACUAUGGCAUUACUUCUCCCAUCAGCUUAGCAGCCCCCCAGGAGACUGACUGCCUGCUCACACAGAAGCUAGUUGAGACUCUGAAGCCCUUUGGGGUUUUUCAAGAGGAAGAGGAACUGCAGCGCAGGAUUUUAAUUUUGGGAAAAUUAAAUAACCUGGUAAAAGAGCGGAUACGAGAAAUCAGUGAAAGCAAGAAUCUUCCACAAUCUAUAACUGAAAAUGUUGGUGGGAAAAUUUUUACAUUUGGAUGUUAUAGAUUAGAAGUACAUACAAAAGGUGCUGAUAUUGAUGCAUUGUGUGUUGCACCAAGACAUGUUGAUCGAAGUGAUUUUUUCACCUCAUUCUAUGAUAAGUUGAAAUUACAGGAAGAAGUAAAAGAUUUAAGAGCUGUUGAAGAGGCAUUUGUACCAGUUAUCAAACUGCGUUUUGAUGGGAUAGAGAUUGAUAUUUUGUUUGCAAGAUUAGCACUGCAGACUAUUCCAGAAGACUUGGACUUAAGAGAUGACAGUCUGCUUAAAAAUUUAGAUAUAAGAUGUAUAAGAAGUCUUAACGGUUGCAGGGUAACUGAUGAAAUUUUACAUCCAGUACCAAACAUUGACAACUUCAGGUGAACCCUGAGCGCUAUCAAACUGUGGGCCAAAUGCCACAACAUCUAUUCCAAUAUAUUAGGUUUCUUCGGUGGUGUUUCCUGGGCUAUGCUAGUAGCAAGAACUUGCCAGCUUUAUCCAAAUGCAAUAGCAUCAACUCUUGUACAUAAAUUUUUCUUGGUAUUUUCUAAAUGGGAAUGGCCAAAUCCAGUCCUAUUGAAACAGCCUGAAGAAUGCAAUCUUAAUUUGCCUGUAUGGGACCCAAGGGUUAGUAUAUUAUUUUUUCCCCUACAAAUUCACACUGUGCAAUAAUGAGUAGAAGUCAUCUGCAUUAACUGAGGCAGACUUC